GUGCAUUGUGGGCGAAUCCCCGCCACCAGCGCCGCCGCCGCCGCGGACCCAUCCCGAGGCCGGUGCGGGAGGGGGGACGACGAUGCUCCCCGGGCGACCCCCUCCCACAGGAACAGGAGCAGUCUCAGGCGGUCCCGCGCAGGGCAGGGAGCCGCGCGCAGACGGCGCUGCCGCACUGACUGACUGACGGAGAGCAGCGGGCGGGGAGGGGGGGAUGCGCCGCCCUCACCAACGGCUGCGGCAGGGACCAGAACCUGGAUCCUGUGAAGUAUCAGUAAAGAAUUUCUAAGGGGGAUUCUUUCCUGGGCAGUCCGAUGAGAAGCAGACAUCCCAGAGGAGAGGAGGCCACAGCAGAGAUAAAUGGCUCGUUUAAAUUGGGAGCUGCUACUAAAAUAUUCUCUGGCUGGCAAAUGCAGUGCCUAGCAGCUGCUAUCAAGGACGAACCAAACAUGAGUGGGGGAGGGGAGCAGGUCGACAUUCUGCCGGCCAACUACGUGGUGAAGGACCGUUGGAAAGUGCUGAAGAAGAUUGGUGGUGGUGGCUUUGGAGAGAUUUAUGAGGCAAUGGAUCUUUUGACCCGUGAGAAUGUGGCCCUGAAGGUGGAGUCAGCGCAGCAGCCAAAGCAAGUUCUCAAAAUGGAGGUGGCUGUCCUAAAAAAGCUACAAGGGAAAGAUCACGUUUGCAGAUUUAUUGGCUGUGGAAGGAAUGAGAAGUUCAACUAUGUUGUCAUGCAGCUUCAGGGCCGGAAUCUUGCAGACCUCAGAAGAAGCCAGCCGCGGGGAACUUUUACACUGAGCACAACCCUCCGAUUAGGCAAACAGAUUCUAGAAUCUAUAGAAGCCAUUCAUUCAGUGGGAUUUUUGCACCGAGACAUCAAGCCUUCCAACUUUGCCAUGGGACGCCUCCCCUCAACCUACAGAAAAUGCUAUAUGUUAGAUUUUGGUCUGGCUCGACAGUAUACCAAUACCAACGGUGAAGUCCGGCCUCCUCGUAAUGUUGCUGGUUUCCGGGGAACGGUCCGCUAUGCUUCAGUGAAUGCUCAUAAAAACAGAGAGAUGGGUCGACAUGAUGACCUGUGGUCCCUUUUUUACAUGCUGGUGGAGUUUGCAGUUGGUCAGCUUCCAUGGCGCAAGAUAAAAGAUAAGGAGCAAGUUGGUAUGAUUAAAGAGAAAUAUGAACAUCGAAUGCUGCUAAAACAUAUGCCUUCCGAGUUCCACCUUUUUCUGGAUCACAUCGCAAAUCUGGAUUACUUUACUAAACCAGAUUAUCAGCUCAUCAUGACUGUGUUUGAAAACAGCAUGAAAGAAAGAGGUAUUACUGAGAACGAGGCCUUUGACUGGGAAAAAGCUGGUACGGAUAUUUUAUUAUCUACAAGCACCUCUACUCCACCUCAGCAGAACACAAGGCAGACAGCAGCUAUGUUUGGUGUGGUUAAUGUCACUCCAGUUCCUGGAGAUUUACUUCGUGAGAACACGGAGGAUGUUUUGCAAGGCGAGCACCUGAGCGACCAGGAAAAUGCUCCCCCAAUCUUGCCUGGCCGGCCAGUGGAAAGCUUAGGCCAGGCUCCAAACACUGCCUUCAAUGAAGGAGAGGUUUGGGAAGAGACGGAUGUGAACCGCAACAAGCUCAGGAUCAGCAUCAGCAAAACACAAUGUUUGGCAGAAGAAGAUCAGAAAAGUGGUGUGUGCCCAAGCUCCCCGGUGCGAGCCGCACCAGACUCCCCUACUACUCAAGGGCGUUCUCUGAGAUACCGUCGUGUGAACAGCCCUGAGUCUGAGCGCCUCUCCACUGCCGAUGGGAAAGGAGAUCAGCACGAGCGAAGGUCACGAGUGGAUUUGCCCUGUUCUCCUUCACGGCUUGUAUGCUCUUCCCAGCCAGCACAGAUGCUGUCCAUUGACACCGGACAGGUAGACAGGCAGGCAAGUGGCAGGAUGGAUGUGUCUGCUUCUGUGGAGCAUGAAGCCCUCAGCAAUGCUUUCCGAUCGGUACCCCUGGCUGAGGAGGAGGACUUUGACAGCAAAGAGUGGGUUAUAAUUGAUAAGGAAACAGAACUGAAGGACUUCCACCCUGGUGCUGAACCAAGCACAUCUGGAACAACAGAUGAAGAGCCCGAGGAGCUGAGGCCGAUUGAAGAGGGUGACGAGAGAAGGCGACUGGGGGCAGAAGCGGCAGUGAGGCCGAAAAUUCAUGAUGGGAGAACCCGGGGUAUGCAGCCUGUGGCUGAGGAGGACAGUUCCCACAGACAUGAAGGGCAUUGUCAGUCAGUCUCUGACAGCAAACAUGAACAGCAACCAGGAAGCCCCACACAGUCCCCCUUAUAUUCAGCACCAGCUAUCCGACAGCGGAGACGAGAAUCUGAACCUACUGGUCCUGAGAGACAGGUGUUCACACUGAAGCCUUUUGAAAUGAAUGGUCUCCCCAAGGUGGUGCCUUUAAGUUUGCCUUAUCAAGACUUUAAAAGGGAUGUGUCAGAAAACAGGGAAAGGUCCAGAAUUCUCCAGCAUAUAAAGAAGGUGGAUUUCUCAAAUGUUGUCUUAACUGCCCCUUGCAAACCACCGGCAGCCCAUCUAGAAAUGGCAAAUGACAGAUAUGAGAAGGAGGAGGAGGAGGAAGAGGAGGAGGAAGAAGAAGAAGAGGAGGAGGAGGAGGAAGAUGAUGACGACGAUGACGAAGCUGGUGACUUAGGAGAAGAGCUUGAUCUGCACAGCGACUCAAGCAGUGACGUGAGCCAGAAAAGUACUGAGCACAGUCAGGAAGGUGCCCCAUCCACCCUCUUGGCUGAUGACCAAAAGGAGUCCAAGGGCCGAGCCUCAGCAGCAGAAGGAGACUUGGAACUUGAAGAAGGCUCCAAAACAUUGGUUCUCUUUUCGCCUGGUGACAUCAAGAAGUCUCCCGUGAACGCAGACUUGGCUCCUGAUGCCGAUCUCGGCACUCUCGCUGCAUUGACUCCACAGAGUGAGAAACCACAGCCAAUGGGAAGCCAGCUUGAUGUAUCGGAACCAGGGACCUUGUCCUCCAUCCUUAAGUCAGAACCAAAGCCUCCUGUUACUGUGGCCACCACCUCGUCCCCUUUCACCAAAGUUGAGCGCACGUUUGUUCACAUCGCGGAAAAGACCCAUCUGAACAUCAUGUCUUCCGGUGGUCAGCUGAUGAGGCACGAGGAAUAUCCUACUCCAGGGCAGUAUGAAGAGAUCAUCAUCGAGGAAGAGAUGGAGGGAAAUCAGGCACUUGUAGAAAACGGGAGCGUGAACUCGGCUCUGGAAGGGGGAGAGAUGGAAAGCUGUGCUCUCUCGGUUAAUCACAUCGAAACCACCUCUGAAAUUGUAGGGGAGCAGGCUGUGCUUCUCAAUGGUGUUAGUAAAAUGGAAGAGGAUGACCUGGAACACAAAGGCACAAUUGCUCCUGAAUCAGAUUUAGAAGAAGCCGAUAAGAUGGAUACAGAAGAGCCUGGCCUAGAAAAUAACACUCUUGCAAUGGAAUCCUUUAAGAAAAUGGAACUCCCUCCAGAUGUUCCGAAAGAGAGCCCCAGAAAGCCCCUCAGCGUCAGGUACAGAAGCCGGAUCCCCGUUUUGCUGUCCGAAGAGGACACUGGCUCAGACCUUUCGGCCUCGCACUCUGGCAAAGAGCGGCUGUACAAGAGGCUGAAGCAGCAGGAUUUGGCCCGCCUGGUGAUGGAGAGGAGGCAGAACCGUCUGCUCAGAUUAGCUUCAGGUGCGUCAUCCUCUGCUUCCUCCAGCGACGAGAGGCGGCGAGCUUCAGAAACACUCUCGGCCACUGGCUCGGAGGAGGACACCCACGACUCAGACGACUUCACCCCGAGGAAGACGGGGAGUCAGGAGAAAUAUUCCCUGGUUAAGAUGGAAGAGAGAGGCUUGAGCACAAAGAGCAGAAUCCCUCGCCCCAUUGUGCCUGCAAAGCCGCCUGUGAUAGAACUGAAAUCCGGGAGCCCCUCAACUCUUCUGCCGCCAGCACUGAGUAGCAGCCCAGGUGAUAAAGCUGUGACCAACAGGCUUCAGGGGCAAAGACCAUCUGGCGACUCCCGGGCGAAAGCAACGCCGACUCCCGCCGUACCUCCCUUGCGGAGCAGUCCGAGGAAAACCCCCCGCCCCCCACCUUGGAGUCCCAGCCUCCCCCCGCGAAACCUCAGUGCUUCCCCCAAGAGCCAAUCACUGUCCAGAAAAGAAAGCUCAUCGCCCUCCCGCCAACAUAGGUCAGGUACCACGUUCCCUCCAUGGGUGCAACCUUCUUCCAGGGCUCCCUCCAGAGCUCAGGCAGGUGGGCUGCUGGGAGACGCCCCGGCGUCCCCCAGUGCAACCCGGAAAGGACCGAGAGGGAAAGCCCAAACUCAAAUCCCAGCAACCAAAGGAAGGCAAGUAUCCCAGGAAGGCAAGGCUACUGCUAGAUAAUGAUCUGCUGCUGCCAAACCAUUUUUGACCAACCGACCUACCAUCUCGCCCGGCUGGAGAAACCUCUGCGUAUGCUAUACACUCAAGACGCCGCAGCACAGCCUUACACCGUGUCGGAAAUACAAGCAUAUAGCAGCUA